AAGGUUUAGGGCCGUAGUAAGGGAAGGGUUUAGACUCGUUGUCCCGUCCAGCUGUGUCAGCCACAACACUGGAGGAGCCGUCCACGCCACUCCGCUAAAAUUAUUAAUCACGAACCUGAAUUACAAGCUAAUACAAAACCUAAUCUAAUAGAACCCAUACAUUCAAGCUACAGCAACAACAACAGUCAAAAUGACUAAGCUGUCUGGUUGGUACUAUGAGAAACGGGAAUUAAGACACACUCCUAGCAUCAUUGCAGGUCUCAGUGUCGAUCAGGAAGUACAGUAUCGUCGCGAAGGUGCUCGCUUCAUUCUCCAGGUUGGAAACAAAAUGGGACUGCGCUAUGAAACUAUGGCAACAGGUGUUGUUUAUUUCCACCGCUUCUACAUGGUCCACACUUUUCAGUCCUUCCCAAGACACGUUACAGCUUGCUGUUGCCUUUUCCUUGCUGGCAAGGUUGAGGAAACUCCCAAGAAGUGUCGUGACAUUAUGAAAACUGCCAAAAGUCUAAUGGAUGAAGUGACCUGGGCAGAAUUUGGCACAGACCCACGUGAAGAGGUUAUGACUUUGGAGCGAAUCCUCUUGCAGACUAUUAAGUUUGAUUUUAUUGUUGAGCAUCCAUACACCUAUCUUCUGAAAUAUGCAAAAUGUCUCAAAGGUGGGCUUGUGAAUGUUCCUAUGCUGAUGAAGACGGCAGGAGAUAAGAAGAAACUUCCCAACAUGGUACAAAUGGCUUGGACAUUUGUCAAUGACAGUCUGUGCACAACAUUAUGCCUCCAGUGGGAACCAGAAAUAAUUGCUAUUGCACUUAUGUAUCUUGCGGGAAAAUUAAGCAAAUUUGAGGUAACUGAUUGGAAUGGAAGAAAUGCCAAGCACCAGCGUUGGUGGGACAUGUAUGUUGAAGGCAUCUCCAUGGAGCUGUUAGAAGAUAUAUGUCACCAAGUUUUAGAUCUGUAUUCCCCAAACCGAUCUGAAUCAGGUUCAAGUUCUGCUGACACUUCUCUUGUCAUGCCUGGAGCUGCUCCACGACGACCAACUACACCAACACAGACCAGUAGUGUAGUUCUACCUCCUGCCAAAAAAGCAAAGAAAGAAGAAGUGAAAUCUUCUCCAGCCAAGACAGAGGCUGCUACCCCAACACAGCCUUACCAGUACCCAUACCAAUAUGCCAAUUAUCCUCCCUCCUAUCCAUCCCAAAGCUCUUCUCAGGCAACUUCUACUGCUACUUCCCAGCGGUAUCCAUAUUCAUACCCUACGUCAACUAGCCAGGGACCACCACCUCAGGCCCCGCCACCCCAGGCACCCCCUCCAGCAUAUCAGCCGCCUCAAAGACAUUACCCACCUCCCUCUGCAGCUACAUGCCAGGCUGCUGCUACGCCACAUUAUGCCUCACAACCUCCUCCAUCACAUUAUUCCACAACAAGUCAUCCUUCUGCCUCGUACCAUCCACCAUCCACUACAACACAUUAUCCAACACCACCCGCAAACCCCCCUCCUCAAAGCCACUAUCCCCCUCCUCCACAUGGGUCUACCUCCUCCUCAUAUUAUGCUGCAUCGACUUCUGCUAAUCCUAGCUAUCCUACAGCAGGUCCAUCUUCAUCAUAUCCAUCUCAAAGUUCCUAUUCCCACUCAAGUUCGAGACAGUACUAAAAUUAUAAUCUUGUACAUUUCUUUGUCUUUCCAUCUUUGAAUACAGCCAUUAUGUAACUAUUGCACUAUUUCUGUGGAUUACCAUACAUAAAUGAAGUUUGAUUAGGUUUACACUCAAUUUUGACACACACACACCUAGGCUAAUGGUCAAAUGAUGAAAUUAUUAUUUUAAAAUUUUACAUAAAAGUAAAAUUUUACAAAAAGCAAUUGUAAUGAUCAAUAUUUUGGAUGUAUCUAUCUUGGUAAACAGUGGUUGUGUAAAAAUAGUUUGUUCAUGUGUAUACUGUAUUGUAAAAACUUAAAAUAGGCAAGUGCCUAUUUUAUUCCACACAUGGGGUUUAUAACACAAAAUAUAUAUAAUUGUGGAGGUCAACAGUCUUUUUGGGCAAGACUGAAUAUUCAAAAUUUAUAUAGGAUGUCAUUUUAUGAAUACAGUAUUUCUGGUAACAAUGUAUCAGAACAUAGAUUCUCUCAUGUUUUAAAUUUGCCUAAAA